UUACCAACCCAUCUUAAAGAGAAGUCCCGAAACACACCAAAACACAUCCAGAAACAAACACAAACACACCCAAACACACCCAAACACACCCAAACACACCCAAACACACCAAAAACACGCCAAAAACACGCCCCAAAAUGGCAUACAACAGAUCGCACACGAGCUUGAACUCGCGCAGACUGUCCUUCUUCAACUCGCACCAGUUGGCCCACCCCCCGCAGCCAGACGUCUACUUCGUGGGGGUGGACGUGGGCACGGGGUCCGCGCGGGCAUGUGUCAUUGACACCAACGGAGUCAUCUUGGGCUUGGCCGAGCGGCCCAUCACCAGGCACCAGUUGAAGCCCAACCACAUCACGCAGAACUCCACGGAGAUCUGGAACUCCAUCUGCUACUGCGUCAAGACGUGCUUGCGCGACUCGGGCGUGGACGCCGCGGAGGUGUUUGGCAUAGGCUUCGACGCCACGUGCUCGUUGGUGGCCGUGGCGCAGAGCACGGACCAGCCCGCAGGCGUGGGCCCGGACUUUGCCGACAGCAAGGAGAACAUCGUAUUGUGGAUGGACCACCGCGCCGACAGCGAGACCAACGCCAUCAACGCCACGGGCGACAAGGCCUUGAAGUACGUGGGCGGCCAGAUGUCCAUCGAGAUGGAGUUGCCCAAGAUCAAGUGGUUGAAGCACCACCGCCCGGGCGGCUUGGACGACUUGAAGUUCUACGACUUGCCGGACUACUUGACGCACAAGGCCACGGGCUCCGAGGCCCGCUCGUACAACUCCACCGUGUGCAAGCAGGGCUUGGUGCCCAUCGGCGUGGACGGCUCCACCGAGGGCUGGUCCCGCGACUUCUUGCGGCAGAUCGACUUGCCCGAGUUGGUGGCCGACGACUUCGCCAAGUUGGGCGGCAUCCCGGGCCGCACCGGCACGUGGUUGAGCGCCGGCGACGUGGUGGGCAAGCUCACGCCGCAGGCCGCCGAGGACUUGGGCUUGACCACCGAGUGCGUGGUGGGGAGCGGCGUCAUCGACGCCUACGCGGGCUGGAUCGGCACCGUGGCCGGCAAGGUCGACCUUCCCUCGCACCCGGAGUUGCUGCAGGAGUCCGACGGCUCCAUGAGCUCGGGCUGCGGCCGCUUGGCCGCGGUCGCGGGCACCUCCACGUGCCACAUCGCCAUGUCCGAGCAGCCCUGCUUCGUCAAGGGCGUGUGGGGCCCCUACAGAGAGGUGUUUGGCCCCGGCUACUGGUUGGCCGAGGGCGGCCAGUCGUGCACGGGCGCGCUCUUGGCCCACGUGCUCUCCAUCCAUCCUUCGCACGGCGAGUUGGUGCAGUUGGCCGAGGCCUCCAACUUGUCCAAGUUCGACUACUUGAACUUGGUCUUGGAGAACAUGGUGUCCGAGCACGGCUCGCGCUCCGUGGUGGCCUUGGCCAAGCACAUCUUCUUCUACGGGGACUUCCACGGCAACCGGUCGCCCAUCGCCGACCCCCACAUGCGCGCUUCCAUCAUCGGCCAGUCCAUGGACUCGUCCGUCAAGGACUUGGCCUUGCAGUACUUUGGCGCGUGCGAGUUCAUUGCCCAGCAGACCCGCCAGAUUGUCGAGGAGAUGGAGAAGGGCGGCCACAGCAUCAAGUGCGUGUACAUGAGCGGCGGCCAGUGCCGCAACGGCUUGUUGAUGCGCUUGCUUGCUGACUGCACGGGCUUGCCUGUCAUCGUGCCGCGCUACAUCGACGCUGCCGUGGUGUUUGGCUCUGCGUUGUUGGGAGCCGUUGCUGCCCUGCAAAUGGUCGACGAGCACAUCAGCACCAAGGGCCGCAGCAGAAGAGCCUCGUUGUUGAAGUCCCAGACCGACUUGAACAACAUGGACUCCAAACAAAAGGCUCAGUCUCCCCCCCACUCGCCAUACACCGCGCCCUCGGCAACUGCUUCUUCGACGAACAUGGCUGCUUUUGCCUACACGAGCGCGAACCACCAUAACCAAUUCACCAUGUCUCCUCUUGGUGAGAGCACAGGGGAGCAGGACUACUUUAACCAGACCGCCGCAAAGCCUGCCAAGUCUGACGGCUCCGAGUCGGACUCCGAUGAGGACGAAACCUUGUCCUUUGGUUCCAAGCAAAACACAUCCCAGACGGUGCAGAAAGAUCUCUCUCACAAAUUGUUCAAGAUGGGGAUCAAACCAUUGACGAGUUCCACUUCUGCGAAGAAGCAGAAGAAGCCAGAGCACCAGGGAGAUAAGUUGUGGCAGACCAUGGAGAAGCUCACGGGCCCAGGAAGGGCCAUCAUCCCAAGCCCGGAGAGCCAUCCCGACCGCAGAUUGUUGGCGGCCAAGUACAAGAUUUUCCUUGAGCAAUGCUACAAGCAGCAAGAGUACAGAAAGCUCGUGGAUGAGGUUGAAGCCAGCGCGUGAGGCGUCAAUUCACACUGCACUUCCAACUACUUGAGCAGCUCACAUUUUCCGGGUCUGGCCUGGCUUCCAUCAAUUAGGAAAUAAACCUUCUUGGCUCUUGAAAUGGGUCCACGUAGAGCUGCAACCUCCCUUUGAGUUAGUUGAACCUAGUAUUACGUAGCUAUGGGCCGUAGAACCUGAGAAGAGGAGAAAAAACGAAAGUCAUGUUCUGGCGCAGCUAUAAUUAUUAGAUGGGACGCAGUAUUCAUGCAGAAAGCUGAUACAAUCAUUAUUACCAUGACUAUCAGAACAUAAAAUACCCCUCAUUACCUUGGUUUACUCCUUCACGUCCUGAAAUCACUCAAGAGUGUUUUGUUAAGAAUCUUCUUAGAGAGCACUGGCAAAUAUAGAAAGUAUAUAGUUAGGAGUUCCAUCUUAUUUUGGUGUCUUAUUUCGUCAUCUGUUCUGUAUUUACUCUCAGCUUCAGACUUGGCCGAAACGACUCUUGUUAACU